AUGAACAAUAUUCCUGUCCUCCUCUCAUUGGCCACUGUACCAUUUAGCCCACGUGAGUCCGGGCCAAUAGCAGGUGUGGAAAGUAACUACUCAGAGCUAUUUAAGUCACCCAUCAUUCCUGAUCUCCCCAGUUCUGUCCAAAUGCUCCCAUCAGCUCUUUUCCUCCUCUUUCUCACUAUCCUCCUCCUGCCUCCCCGUUCUAGUGCCAUCCCUUCCUCAACUAAAUCCGUCCACUAUGUAGUGCAGGAAGAAUGUAGUCCUGGAACUUAUAUCGGCAACCCUAUUCAAGAUGCCAAUAUCCAGCUCAGCAGCAAACAGCCUCUUUCUUUCAAACUUAUGUAUGGUAUGCAAGAGGUCUUCGAUUUAAAUGAGACAACUGGGGAUUUACGAACAAAUCAGCAUCUUGAUCGAGAGGUUUUGUGUGCAACGGAACCCCGUGUUAGGCGGAAAAUUGAUCGACCUCCUCUCAAAAGGCUGGAAAUCAUCAAAGUUAAUAAGGAAAUCAAAUACGCUAAUGUGAUCGCCUCCAGCUCUGCGUCCCCCCAAAAGUGUCAAGUGAAAACUAGUAUUGUUGUCUACGGAAAUGAUAAGCUUUCAGAAACUUGGAUAAAUGUCUAUCUCAUUGUACGGGAUUUGAAUGACAAUCGACCAUUCUUUGAGGACACUUAUUGGAAUCUUACUAUAAGUGAAUCCACCUCUGUUGGCACCACAUUUAAACUACCCCAAGCCAUUGACCCAGAUGAGGGGGAAAACUCCAUUCGUCGAUACGGUCUGGUUGAUGAAAGUUCGCCUACCUGUCGAAAUCGCUUCUCAAUCACUUGUCAAUCUGAAAUUGUCUCUUGUCAUCUACGACUUGUUGUUGAGAAGGCAAUUGAUUUUGAAACCUGCCAAAAUCAUGAUUUGAUCUUAUUUGCUGAAGAUUCUGGCCCCUCAGAUGCAUUGUUGCCUUUUCGCGUUGACAUUAAAGGGGAAAAUGAGUUUACUCCACAAUUCAUUCAACCGGUGACUAAGUUUGCAAUUUCUAGGGAUAGUCAAAUUGGCACGACUAUCACAACUUUUCAUGUUGUGGAUAAAGAUGGAGGAAAGGAUGGAGAAGUCACUUUUCUAUCAAACUCUUCUUACUUUCGAGUUACUGGUGGAAAGUUGAUCCUUAGUAGGAGUCUUCUUUAUUAUCCAGGAAAGCAAAUGAAUGUUUUCGUGACUGCGGCAGAUGGUGGAAAUCCAAAACAACAAUCGACAGUUGAGGUAGCGAUUGAAAUUGCCGGGCAGGAAGCAGAACUUCAACCUGAUCGAAUAUUUAUCAAACCCCUUGGUGGAGAAGCUAUAAGUGGUGUAGAAGCACCAAUAAUUCUCCCAAAUGCCGCUGAAAGGGAUACAUUAGUAGCAUUAGUAUGGACAGAAAAUGAUGCCUCCAAUAUUGACUGUUCUAUCCAACCUGAACUUCCUCACUUCGCCAUUGAAAAUGCAGGUCAUCUAAUGGGAAAGCCAACUUUCACCCUGAAGGUUAGUAGAUCUUACAACUUUUCGGAGAAUUAUAACAUGGUACGGAGUCGCAUUGAACACCGUGAUGUUCGCAUUGUCUGUGGUGGAAGUCAUUUAAAUCUUCGAUUGCGCCUUGCUCCUCCUCUUGGCCAACAAUUUCGUUUUAUUCAUGAUAACAUUCGCCUUUCAAUUGAGGAAUCAUCAAGCCCAAUUAUUGGAUUUUACACCCUUAGAACAGUAAAUGGAAUUGGAGAGGUUCAUUUUUCAAAAGAACGCGGAUUGCCGGAGUGUGAUCGAAUGUAUAUAAAUCCCCAUGACGGUACCCUAUCUCUCCCUGGUGGAAUUGAUCGUGAGGUCACAUCGGAAUUAAAAUGCCUUUUUUCCGCUUUCGACACUGAUGACCCUGUAAAUAGAAUUAAAAUCAGUGUGGUGAUAGUCGUAUUGGAUAUUAAUGAUUGUUCACCUUCCCUCAUAAAAGAACAUUACUUCUUACCCGAAUUCGACAGUGUCUUCCAGCCCCCUGAUCCUUCGACCUGGGUGCCAUUAUUUAAACUGCAUGCCAUUGAUUCAGAUGCGGGUUUGAAUGGGACUAUAAAAUACGACUUGAGAAGCGUCAGAACAUUCGGAAACGGUUCAACCUACGAUAGGAUUCCUGAAUUCCGUUUAUCUGUAGACUCCGGUGAGGUAUUUAUCAAGGGUACAGACUACCCUUUGUUGGAUAGGGAAGAAAUAACCGAAAUCGUCCUCUUUGUAUUCCUCUGUGACAUGGGGAGCCCAUUUCGCCUUUCAGCAGAAUAUGAAGUUCGAGUAACUUUGGAAGACGUGAAUGAUAAUGUUCCAAUCUUCUUUGAUGCAGAAAGUGAUAAUAUUCUGCAAAAUAUGCCCUGGUAUCGAUCUAUUGAGGCAGUUCCUGGAUUUUGGACUCAAAUUCGUAUAUUCGAUCCAGAUUUGGAGGAGAAUGGAACCACCGUGCUUUCGAUUCUUGACAAACCAUUUAUGGAAGGGGAUAAGGAACCCUAUUUACGCCCACAUCAAGUGACUUUGUUCAAAGAUGGACGGCUCUGGGUUCCCGAAUCAUUGACCAAGCAUAUUCCUGUUCAAGCUGUCUACCUUCGAGUAAUAGAUAAGGGAUCUAGACGUCAACUUCACAGUGAAGUGAAACUAAUAGUGGAUCCAGAAAUCGAAUCGCACAAAAGGAAUCAGCUCAAACGUCCAAUGUAUGUAUAUAGAAAUGCUCAUCGUGCUGGCAAAUACACGGAGCGACGAGAUGACAAAAAUUCUCCCACCAUGCUAAGCAGAGUCCAUAUUAUCCUUAUUGUUGUUGGCGUUAGCCUGAUCUGUUGUAUUCUUAUUAGUAUUUGGGUUGCUUGUUUAGUUUUACAAAAUUAA